CAGUUAAUUAUAAUAUCAAUAGUUAAGGGAGUGCUGACAUGCCUGCACGUUGAGUAAAUGCGUGUUUGAUGUUCCGCGUUUCCGAAGUCGAUAACCCGCCCGGGAGUGAACCGGAAGCAGUGUUCUGAGCAAACAUAUAUAAUCCUUUCAACACGGGAUAUUAUUACGCACAAUGUACCAGCUGUGUGUUUAUUGAACAGCUAUAUCUGAAGCAGGUGACCACUUAACAGAAGUAUGAGUUACGAGGACGAUCCUGAGGGUUCUCGGUUAAAGUUCUGGACAAGAGACUUCAGGACUUCGCCUCUUCCAGCAGCUUGGAAGACAGAACGCCCCAAAGUUCCCCCUGGUCAGGAGUGGACAGACCCCAACUUCGAUAAACCGGCGAUAAUAAAAGUUGAUGCAAGUGCGCAUCAAAUCGAAUGGAAGAGAUCAUACGAGAUUGUGGAGGACCCAGUGCUCUUUGCUGGGGGUGCUGACAAGGGAGAUAUCAACCAAGGAACUUUUGGAACAUGCUGGUUCUUGUCAAUGUUGACAAAUCUUGCCGAAAGACCAAAACUUCUCAAAAAGGUGAUUGACAAUGACGCCUUCAAACCUAAGACGGACGGAAUCUUUCACUGUCGGCUGUGGAGGUUCGGGGAAUGGGUAGACGUUUAUAAUGAUGACAUCUUGCCAGUAGAAAAAGGAACAAAUGAGUUGUUUGGAGCUCAAUCAAAAUCAGGAACUAAUGAAAUGUGGGUUUCACUUAUGGAGAAGGCGCUAGCAGGAUGUCACGACUCGUACAGCGUUGCUGAAGGGGGCAUGCCAAGUGACGCCUACCUCGCCCUGACUGGCGGCGUGCCUGAGACAGUUAUCAUGGAGUACACCAGUAAAAACACACUGUUUAAACGAAUUGUCAAUGCGCUGAAGUGUGGAGCCUUUGUGACCUGUUCCUCGAAAUCUGGCACGACACCACCCGACGGCAUUAUUCCGGGCCAUGCCUACACCGUGAUAAGAGCAAAAGAGGUGACGAAAAAGAACGGGAAGCGGGCUUUCCUCUUGAGGAUGAGAAACCCAUGGGGAUCCGAUGAAUGGACAGGAAAGUGGAGUGACAAGAGUCCUAAUUGGAAGAAGUUAACGGAUGAGGACAGGAACCAGCUCUUGGAGGACAAAGAAGAUGGCGAGUUCUGGAUGGCUCUGAGAGAUUUCCAAGUGAUUUUCUUCAUAACAACAGUGUGUUCUCUCACUCCCGACUUCGACAUAAAUGGAGAAGCGGAGCAGUUAAACUACGUGUUGAGGACUUUCGGGGAGUGGAAAGGAAGCUCUAGAGAAAAUCAACCUGAAGCCGAGAUACUCAAAGACAAUCCCAGACUGGCAUUCACAGUUCCUCAUGAAGAUGGCAUUCCAGAUCCCGUACCAGUCGUGGUACACAUCAUACAGCGAGCUGAUCGCGGGGAUGAAACGUAUAACCUGAACUGCCAUCUGUUCAAAAGUAAGUGUCUUGACGACGAGUCGGUAGUCACCAGCAUCAAGAGGGAGAAAGACGAGACACACUACGCUAGAAUGAGGCAGCGCACGUUCCGUUUCGAACUCACGCCAGGUCGCUACAUUUUGGUUCCAUCGACAGGAGAUCGCGAAGGAAACAGGGAGUUCCUGGCACGGCUGUAUUCACCGUAUCCACUGUCCGACUGCAGCCAAGUAGCGGACAACACAGACAUAGUCGUGGAGCAGUAACAGCACCAACACUCAUGGAGGAGGAUGGAUCUCACGUGUGUACAUCUGACGUGGCUGCAGGAGAUCCAGGAGGACAAGAUGGCACAAUGUCGCUAGGAUGUUAGGGAUCAACAAGUUGUUUUGGUCAAAAAGUAUUUGUUCCAGUAUACAGAAAAUAUAAGCUGCCUAAAGUUAGAGCAAAAAGAUGAAUUGUACGCUGGAUGUCCUUAAAAAUGUGUUAGAACUGAGAUAUGAGCAAGAACCAUUUGGUAUAGAAAACGCUCUGAAAGCGUGACAUCUUUACUUUGUAUUUGAACGAGCAUGUCGCCUUCCGGCUGUUGGAAUGAUUUGUUUUUCACUUGUUUGUUUUUCUCUUUAUUAAUGCCAUCGGCGAUUUCAUGCUUCAAAUUGUAUUAAGAAAUACAGAUAUUACCACGCCACCGUAGCUAUUAGCUAAACGAAGGUUUGCUGUCAACAUAGAUAUAAGAAUAGUGUAUGGAUAAAUACUGAGGACUUAAAACUAAUAUAUUCUAACGAUCUCAACAACUUAUGUCGUUGUAUGGAAAAACGUACAUGUCUAAGUCGUCUCCCUCUGUCUUGAAGUCCUAGAGUGGGAGAAGUGUAUAAAGCUAAAGGUCAAAUUUUUAAAAUUAGGUGUAAAAUUGUAUAAUAUCGCAAAACAUGGAAUAUAUGUGUUAAGACCCACUGCCACAAACAUAAUGGCUAUAAAUAACUUUUUCAUAAUGGCUGCUUCAGUUGAGGUGAACCUCUUGUACAAAUUCAGGCGACGUCAUUCGCGGGCAUAAACGUGUGUAGUUUUAGCGGUAUUGGUCUAGUGGUUCCUCAUGAGAUGGUGUGUCAUUGCCAUAAAAAAUCUCAAUAAAACCAUGAAUGCACAUGUUAAGAAAUACUACGGUACCAAAUGUCAUUACAUUUGAAUACAAUCGACAGUGGCGGAAAUUGGACUGAAUUUUGGAUUCGAACCCCUUGAACCAAAUUUAUUCAGGUAUUGGUGGGAACAAUCGUUUGACACUUCAGUUUCACUGAUCCAGUAGUAAACGAGAAGAUGUUUAUGACGAAUGUUGCCUCGCACUACAUAUAGUGAUCAUUUCACCCCUCAACUGUCCGGUUUCUGGCUCUCUAAAGUUUUUGAGAAGAUUUUUGAAACUAUUUUCGUUAAAUUACAAGGCCUUCUGGCAGUCAUAUUGAGAUUCCAAUUUUCUUAGUAACAAACAUUUCAGCUGCAAAAUGUGUCGACGUAAGAAAUUAAUACGUGUGUAUAUCCAAUUAUGGAACUGCUUCUAUUUACUUUGCUUGCAUAGGUUACCUUUAUCUUAACAUAUUCCUUAUGUUUGUAUUUUUGUGGUAUUCUUUCAGUUACGUUCGUGUGAGCGUCAUCUGAUAUAUGGAUGUGCUGAUUUGUCAAUCUGCCAAUUGUUAUACAACAAACAAAAUUCCAUAAACAAUUUCAUUGAGUCCAUUGUAGGAUUCCGACUAUAUCAUGAGCAUGUGUUUAUGAAUCACUAUCAAACAGUGAUGAUACCAGGUGUUUGCGAAAAUGUAAAAUGUUGACACCAAAGGCUGGAGCUACUGAACAUUGCUCGACAUUCAGAUAAAGUUGACUUUUGUAACGAUAAAGACAUCCAUCUUUUCUUACAAUCUUAAGGAGCGUCUUAAGUCAGCAGAUGCUCUAUUAUUAUAAGCCCACCCCCAUUGAUAUCAUACUCCGCACAGUCCAUUUCAAUGAGCAAUUGCAAUAGAUGUUAAUUUGUGUAGCGGUGUAAAAUGUCCAACGUCGUGUAGAUAUUCAGGUUGUCUUGUGUACCCCGAGCAUGAUGUGCCGCCCGGAGGACACGCCCGAAAGUUGACCAUCGUUGUGUUUGUGAUGUCAGAGCUGGUAUUCCAUGCCGUGUGUAUUUGAUGUUGUAUUGUUUAUAUGCUGUGUAUUUAAAGUUCCAGUUAACAGUGA